GAGCCUGAGUGUAUGUAUAUGCAAUAUAAAAUAAUUUCGCACAAUAAACUUCAUCUAGUAUCCGUUGCCCGAUGUGUCGGAUAGGACAGGCAAACAUUUGCGAACCAAAUUGUGUGUUUUAUUGACGUGAUUUUUUUGGGCUACGUCGUGUGGAAGAACAGUGCAAGUUUUUAGAACGGAAAAAAUUGGCAAUUCACAUCAAACUAAUUGGAUUUUGAGGGGGUCAUGGAGCAAAUCAUCGCCAAUUUGUUGGUCGCCGACAAUGCAGCUAUUCAAAAGGCAACAGCUGAAUUGCAAGAAGCGUUCAAACGACCACAAGCCAUUUCAUCUCUUUGUGAUGUCAUUGUGAGCUCACCAGAGGUGCAACAUCGACAAUAUGCGGCUGUUUUACUAACAAAACGAUUGAGUAAAUUGCGUAAUUGGCAACAAGUACCAACUGAUCAUCAAGAGAUCAUGAAACAGGGUAUGCUAAACGCCUUGGUGAAUGAGAAGGAGAAGCCUGUCCGUACGGCAAUUGCUCAAUUUGUUGGAACGCUCAUAAAACAUGAUUCUCAUGCACCAACUGGCACAUAUACAUUGCAAGUGCUAAAAUUUGUUUUCGAUCAUUGUGCAUCCGAGAAUGUACUUCAACGCGAGGUGGGUACAUCGAUUUUUGCCACUCUCACAGCUACAGCUCCAGAUCAAUUUAUUCCGCACAUUGACGCCAUUUGUGAAAUGUUUACUUCGGCUUUGUUGGCGGCUGAACAAAGUGAUAAUAUGGCAACACCUGUUAUAUCGAAUGUUCUAUUAGGGAAUGUUCUAUUGGCGAUGUGUAACCUGGUUCCAUUUAUUUUGGGUCAUAAUAACGCAGAAGCCACAUAUCAAAAAGCAAUACCACACAUCGUUCACGCAUUGUCAACAUUCGCUGUACACGAUGUCGAUCAGUUCAUGAAAUCGUUUGACGUGCUAGAAAAUCUCUGCGAUUACACGCCAACACUGUUGAAUGGAAGUUUGAAAACGUUAAUUGAUUUUUGCUUGGAAGUGUCCAAUAAUGAAAAAUUGGACGAUUCAAUUCGUGUGCGCGCAGUGUCAUAUAUUGGAUGGUUGGUCCGUUUAAAGAAAAAAUCGAUCAUCAAACAAAAGCUCGUAGAGCCAAUCAUUCAUGUAGUUUUCAAAUUGAUUGCAACCGCACCGGAAGAUGGCGAUGAUGAGGAUGACGAGGAAUACUUUGCAGAAGAAUCAUCACCAAAAACAUCAGCCACACAAACAAUGAACGAAUUAGCAUUGCAUAUACCACCCGAAAAGUUGAUACCACCAUUGUUGGCACUUUUGGAGCCAGCAUUGAGUGCGAACGAUCCACUCUAUAAGAAAGCCGCAUAUUUGUCGAUAGCAGUUAUUGCCGAAGGAUGUAGUGAAGCUAUUUGCAACAAAUACCUUCGUCCAUUGUUAGAUUGCGUGAAAAAUGGUAUUUCCGAUCCGAAUCCAGUCGUUCGUAAUGCAGCUUUCUUCUCGUUGGGUCAAUUUGCUGAAUUCUUACAACCGGAAAUCAGUAAAUAUGCUAACGAAAUAUUGCCAAUUUUGUUUGGAUUCCUACAGAGCCUCUGCAAUCAAAUUCGGAAUGGUCAACCAGAGCCGAAGUCAAUUGAUCGUAUGUUCUACGCAUUGGAAGUAUUCUGUGAAAAUUUGGAGGAUGAAAUAAUACCACAUUUACCAGCACUGUUGGAGCGCCUCUUUGAAACACUCAAUCCAACAAAUUCGGUAAAAUUACGUGAAUUGGCCUUAGGAGCAGUUGGUGCUGUAGCGAAUGCAGCCAAAACUAACAUGCUGCCAUAUUUUCCCCAACUCAUAGAAGGUUUAAAGUUAUACUUAGUGAAAACAGAAAACGAAGAUAUUUUGGAACUGCGACCACAUGCUAUUGAUACUUUAGCCACAUUGGCACGCACAAUAGGCAGAGAAAAUUUCUUAGGAUUCAAUAGCGCUGGAGAAAAUUUCUUAGCAAAUGAUACAAUGAACUUUGCACUAACACUUCUAUCCGAAGCCAACAACGAAGAGCCAGAACUCAAAACUAGUUUGUAUAAUCUAUUGGCUGCUUUAUCCGAAGUAGUAAAUGCCGAAAUGGCUCCAUUCCUUCCCAAGAUUGUGGAGUCAAUGUUGGCAAGUGUCACAAGUUCGGAAGGUCUUCUACCACAAUUCAAAGGUGACAAAGCUGGCGAUGGAGAAACAGAAGAUGAAAUCGACAUUGAAUUAUCCGAUGAAGAAGAUGAUGAUGAGGAUGAAAAUCUAUUGUAUACUGUUGACAAUGCAUAUUGGGAUGAAAAAGAAGAAGCCAUUUUGGCUUUAAAACUAUUGGCCGAAUACACCGGGCCAGCAUUUGCUCAAUACCUACAACCAUGUUUUGAAACAAUUUACAAGCAACUGGAACACAUUCACAUUCGUAAAACGGCAACCGAAGCAUUAGCCCAAUUCACAAAGUCGCUGUAUCAAAUGAACAAUGUCGAUGGUGCAAAGAAUGCGGUGUCCAUCAUUGUUCCAAAAUUUGCUGAAGAGUUGAAAAAUGAUGAGGAUAUUCACACAGCCAUGGCCGUCUUUGAGGCAUACAGUGAGGUGUUGAACAUAAUGAGAAGUGAAGCAUUAUUCAAUGAAGAUAUGAAAAAUCACAUUUUCAGCUGUAUCUAUGAUGUGUUAGCAUCAAAAGUGGCAUGUCAAUUCAAUGAUAACUCCGGCGAUGAAGAUAAUGAUGAUAGUGAAUAUUUGGUAGCGUUACGUGAAUUGGCGGGUGAAGUUUUGCCAAAAUUUGGACAUGCACUUCAGCCACAAGAGUUUGAAAUGUAUUUUGGUCGCGUUCUUCCAUUGCUUUUAGAAAAAUUGGAAAAGUCACGUAAUAACGAAGACUUGAACAGCGAACGAAGCUUAGUUUAUGGAACAUUGUCAGAAUGCUUUUCGGCAUUAAAAGAAUGCACAUCCAACUGGUUUGAAAUAAUGUUACCAUUGUAUUUGGCUGGCGUUCAAGAUGAAUACGAAGAGGCUCGCCAGAAUGCAGUGUUUGGAUUGGGCGAACUUGUUGUGUUCAGCGGUGAAAAAGCACAUCCAAAUUAUCCACAAGUGUUGCAGGCGUUGAGCACAAUGGUUGCCAUUGAGAAAGAAGAAGGCGUUCUCGACAAUAUUUGCGGUGCAUUAGCUAGAAUGAUCGCAUCGAAUAGCCAAUUAGUUCCAUUGGAACAUGUCCUACCAGUUUUUGUACAGAAAAUUCCACUACGGAAAGAUUUCCACGAGAAUAAAGCUGUCUUUAAUGCGUUCCACGUACUUUUGAUGCAGAACAGUGAAGCAUUCUUGAAAUCAUUGGACAGAAUCUUCAUGGUUGGAUUGCACGUGCUUGGCGAAAAUGAAUAUAAAGACGAAGAAACUCACAACAUUUUGCUCCAAUUUUUGAGAGAUGCGCGUAACCGGUAUCCAGAGAUCUUUAAUCAAAUUGUUGCAUCGAAUGCACAACAGGCUCAAUAUGCCAAUUUAUUGAAUGAAUAAGACCCGUUUUUUUUUAAUUUAUGUACACAAUUCCAAUGAAUUUAUUCAGUUUGGAUGCAUUCAUAUGAUAUCAGAUAACACUGAAAAAAUUAAUUGAAAUUGCGUACAAAAAUUGUAAUAUCAAAAUAUCAUAAAUGAUCAGAUAUAAAACUAGUCUGAUGCACACUGAUGUGUAUUUCGUAGAGAAAUUUCAGAUUCAAAUAAAUCAUUUUGUUUAGUUUUUUAUGGCAA